CAGCCAUCAACCUUGAAACGAAUAAAGAAAAAAAAUCGGCAUUAUUCAUUUGUUAUUCUUGAUUCCAUCUGGUUCAACUUUUGCCAACUGGGCAGUUUUUCAUAUGUCGAUAAAGCAGACAAGAUAUUUGUCAAUGUCAUACAAUUGUCAUCAUCGCAUCGCGCGUUUUAUUUUCGAUAUGUGUGUUUUGGAUCAGUGAUAUUUUGAAAAAAAAAAAACAGCUUUUACGAAAUAUAUCAAAGUGAUAUGCCUAGUUGUGUCAACCUUUCGUGAAACUAAUCAGUUCAGAUACAGCAAUUGCUAUUGCUCCCACUGAUAAAUCUGACGCUGGAGUGACUGAAAGUUCCGCAUCGGCUUCUGAAACAGAAAAACCGACGAAAACAGAAAGAAAAAUGUGGAUGCAGAAAUUUAAAGUUGAAUAGCUCUCAACUGAUGGCUUUGAAUGCUUCGAGCCGUACGAGAAAGACGUUCAUUAUGCAUGGUGUACGAUAUGUCUUGACAAGCUCUGUGUUUCAAGAGGAGGAAAAUCUAAUCUUGUUUCACACCUUGACACCAAAAGACAUAAGGAAGCAUCAAUGAAAAUUUUAAAACCCACGGAUCAAAAAAUAUAUACAAAACUUUCAAGCAGCAAUGUAACCGAAGCAGAAUUGAAGAUCAGCGGAUGGGCCGUAGAGAAUAAUAUUUCUUUCGCCGCAGUGGACAAGUUGACUGAUUUAUUGAAAACUAUCGAUCCGGAUUCAGAGCUGCUCUCAAGAAUAACCCUGGGAAGAACGAAAGCCACAGCUGUAAUCAACGGAGUAAUGGCGGAGGUUCAGCAUGACAAUUUGGUCGAAAUGAUGCGAAAAUCAAAUUUCUCACUCAUUAUUGACGAAUCUACCGACAUCGGUGCUGUCAAAACGCUUGUGAUGGUGAUAAGAAUGGUGGAAGAUGAUGGUGAUAAGUUGUACAGGGUCAGAGAUUUUUUCUACAAAGCUGUCGAACUUCACCUAGCUGACCAUCAAACCAUCUACGCUGCUAUUGUGAAGCAGUUUGUUGAUGAUGGAAUCGACUAUAAGCAGCGACUCGUGGGGUUUGGAUCUGAUGGAGCGUCGGUCAUGAUGGGUUCAGAAAGAUCAGUCAUGCGACUGUUAAAAAAUGACUGUCCUGAGUUGAUAGUUAUAAAGUGCAGUUGUCAUUCUUUGGCACUGUGCGCUAGUUACGCAUGCGAAAAGCUGCCAUCGUAUCUGGAACAGCUGAUGCGCGAUAUUUACAGUUACUUAUCCUGCAGUCCAAAGCGGUCUAAAGAAUUUGCAAUGAUACAAAGUAUCCUAGAAGUUCAGCCGUUAAAGAUUUUACACCCAUCUGCAACCAGGUGGCUUUCCUUAGAAUCAGUGAUUAAAAGGAACAAUGAACGCUUUGCGGAACUGGUAAUGUUUUUUUCUUUUCAAGCCAAUAGCGAUAACAAUCAAACGGCUAAGCGUAUUCUUUGUCAUCUCAACGAUCCAAUGACCAAGCCACUUCUGCUCUUCCUGGAAUACGUAUUACCGGUGAUAAACAGGGUCAAUCGUAUAUUCCAGUCCGAAAGCCCGGAAUUCCCCAACAUGUACAAUGAGAUAAAAUCACUCUUGGUGAUUCUUCUAUCCAACAUAUGUGAUAGUCAAUAUCUGAAGAAAAUUAACGAUUUUUCUGCUUUGGAUUUUGAACAAAAUCUGCAAAAAAAAAUCGGAGAUUUACAUUGGCUUACCAGCAGACGAACUGCUCAAAACCGGAAUCCUGGAUGAACCCAGAAAGGAGGCUUUCUAUUCUAUUUGCUGUAACUUCUAUAUUGAAUUAAUCAAGCAAAUUACCAAGCGAUUUAACCUGAAUGACCCGAUACUUAAACUUGCGUCGAAGAUUGAUCCCAAAAAUCUGGAUAAAUUAACAGACUUCAAUUCAAUUUUGAAGCAGUUUCCGACCUUUUACGGUACGGGCACAGAACAAUCCAUCGAAAAUGAGUUUCGGGAGCUGAAAGCGUCACUACUUUGCAACACCAUACAGCUUGAAGAAACUGAUGACAUGGCAACAAGUUGGCAAAAAUUACUGAGCUGGAAGCGAGCAACUGGAAAGCUGGCUUUUCCCUUGCUGAGAAAAUUCGUCUCGAAUUUUCUACUGAUUCCUCAUUCAUCUGCGACGGUGGAACGCGUUUUCUCUCAGUAUAAUCUCAACAAGACGAAAGUUCGGAAUCGCCUGAAUACGAGCACCAUGGACGCCAUUUUGCGGUCAAAAUGUUUUUUAAAGGGAAAGGGAGGGGAAUUGAACUCAAAGUUUAACAAAUCAAUGUAUAAACAUUAUACAUAAUCUAACUGGUAAACUGAUGUGAUCGAUUUAAUAAUAAAGUGCAAAUGUGUACUGUUCUGAAUUCAAAUGCAAA